GCAGCCGUUAGAACCCGAUCAGCCGCGCCAAGACGAGGUCGUGCGUUCGCUUCCUCCCGCGCGUUGCCGUCCGCUGCUAGUGGCGCUGGAACUGUUUAAAAGAGAAAGCGUGAGCGGGAUUUUUUUUUCUGAAGUAUAUGUCUUGCUCUAUGAACUCCAGCGUGUGGAUUUUAUAUUUGUCUGUGACGUAGUUAUAACUGUGAAUCAUGAAGUUGUUGCUCGUGGCGGCGCUGCUCGGCCUGGCGGUGCGGGUGAGUCCCCAGUGCAUUUCGCAAUUCGAUGACAUGAUUCCCCCAAACUUCGCCGACCUUAGCUACAUCCUGCCGUUCAGUCUGAGGUUGUUCAAGGAACUCGUCCCCCACUCCGGCAACUUCCUCAUCUCGCCCUACAGCAUCUGGAACGCCCUCGUCAUGGCCUACCUGGGCACGAACGGCGAGACCAAGACGCAGAUGGAGAAGGUCCUGCAACUGAGUAACAAGGUGGAGACUCUCGCCCUGUACAGGUCCCUCUCGCAGCACAUUAAGCACCACGGGUCCUACGACAGUCCGGUGAAUUACAUCUUCGACAUCACAAACGGUGUCUGCGUCCACGAUAGGAACAUCCUGAAGGACUGCGUAGCCCGCCUCCUCACCAGGGAACUGCAGACGGUGAAUUUUCAAAAGUCCGAGGGCUCCGCCGUGACGAUCAACCAGUUCAUCAACAAAACAUCUCGCGGCAAUAUCCCUCAUCUCGUGUACCCUUUCGACCUGAACCAAGGCGAGAUGAUGAUGAUCAACGCCGUCUACUUCAGGGGACUUUGGCACAAGAGGUUCGCCGCCGACAGAACCCGGCUGGAGCGGUUCUACUCGACUCGACAGAAGCAGUACUUUGUCGAUAUGAUGUCACAGGAGGGCGAAUUCAAGACGGGCAUAUCUGAGGAGCUGGAGGCGCAGGUAUUGGAGAUGCCGUUCAAGGGAAAGCGGGCCUCCAUGUACGUGUUCCUCCCUCAGGACCAGAACAACGGACGCGAGUUGGAUAAUAUGUUGAAGCGCAUGAACCCCGGCUCGCUUCUCUCCGCCAUGAGGAUUCUGGACCGCCGCGAUGUUGUCAUUAAUUUCCCCAAGUUCAAGUACGAAAAGUGUCUCGGCAGCGAGCUCAGACUGGCUCUCAUCCGCAUGGGGAUCCGCGAACUCUUCACGGAGUCGGCCGACCUGACCACCUUCUUCCCCGCCGGAGGACUCAUGGUCAAGAAUGGUCCUUCGGGCCGCUCUCCGUCCCGCCGGCGCCCAAGCCCUUCAACUGCAAUCGGCCCUUCCUCUUCCUCGUCAUGGACAGCUACAACACCAACAUCCUCUUCAUGGGCGUCUUCCGGCAUCCGUAGUGCGUCGGUGUCCUUCUUGCGGACGUCCUCAACACGCUUGCAGGAAUUUAGGAUCAUGCUUGCACUUACGAGCCUGUGCGCUCUCUCUUCUGCAGGAAUGUUGAGUUUACAAAUCUCGCUUUUCAAGGGUACUCUGGAGUCUUCGUUGUUAAGACAGAUAACUUUCGAUAACUCAAUAGCAGGUAUUAUUUAUCUUUUUUCACAUUGUGAUAUACAGAUUUUCUUUUGAUGCUCCGAGCAGCAUGGAAACCUGUAUGUGUGUAUAAUACAUACCCACACAUAUUGUGUGCAGCCGUCUUUUUAAAAAAAGGCACUAUCUAGCUUUCUUUAUGUUGUGGGCAGAAGUUAGCAAAAGGGUACCCUCUUGACAGAAUAGAUCCUUUGCUUUCGUUCUGUUACUUUUAAUUAAAUGUCCAUUCAAAUUUCAAUGGAAUGGAAGCCAUGGGAAUAAAAGAUUAUUAGGACUUAUUAAACAAACAAAAACAGUAAGGGCAAUCCCCACAUACAUUCGAUAUGAAGGCAAAACUCAAGGAUAGGGAAUAACAGAUAUGGACUUCAUGCUUAAAGUUUCUCUCGAACAUAAACAAAACAAAAUACGCAGGAAAAAAUAUCCUUUUAUGCACUGCCCUACUUCUGUUAUACAUUUUGUAUAUAUUGUUGAUAAAUAGUCCAACGUAA